AUGACAAUAAGGCUUAAUGGAAGACUGAUAAAGAAGAUUGUACUAUAUGGAGCAGUCAUAUUUGCAGUAGUCCUCCUAUUAUCACAGUUUCACUCUCCCAUCCAUAUACAGGUAAAAGUCCCCGACCCAGAAGACAGUACCCAAAGAUUAACAGAAAACCCCGGGGACAAGAUACCCCUUCCCAUACCCCGUCAGAGACUACCUGAGGCUAAAAAGAAGCCUGAUCUCAUAGAUGAUAGGAACAAGUUCCAACCAGCUGUGCAGAACAAGCUGCCGGAAAGCAGAACCUACGAGUACACGUGGGUAGAGAGUGCACGAUUGCGUGAAGCACGGGAGGCUCUGGAGAAGAAGUUCCAGCAGAAAGUAAGAGAUCUGGGUGAUGAUGCUGAGAAAGUAAAGAAUCAGGUCUGUUUUAGGAGUUUGUACUGUUAGAUAUGUUUGGAGUAUUGAUAAAUUGAUAUCAUGAGGAAUUAAAAGAGUUUAGUGCCUAUUCUGCCUUUUAAUGACUUAAAUGUACAUCUUCG